UUUAGUUUGGGCCAAGACAUACUCUUCCAUGAUCCUGGGAACCUCCUCAUUGCCAGUGUGUUUCUCAGCAAGACUUCAGCAGGGUGUGGUGCCAGUCUUGGGGAAGACAGUAAAGCAUUUCCAAUUGAUCUGUAUUCAAAUGAAAACUGCACCUGGAAAAUACAGAGACCAGAAAACAAAGUCAUACGGCUCAUUUUCUCCUAUUUUCAACUUGACCCUUCUGCAAGUUGUGAAAUGGAAAAUAUUAAAGUGUACGAUGGCCCCACAAGUAAUUCAACUCUGCUAGGACAAGUAUGCAGUAAUAUUGACUCCAUUCCAGUAUUUGAAUCCUCUUCAAACAGUUUAUCUUUUCAAGUUACAACAGAUUCCACGGACCUUAAACGGAGCAUCUUUGUGUUCUAUUAUUUUUUUCCAUCAGGCUCAAAAACUGAAGACUGUGGGGGUCUCCUUACAAGUCCUGAAGGAACGUUGACCAGCCCCAACUACCCCAAACCUCAUCCAGAGUUCACAUACUGCGUCUGGCGCAUACAAACAGCAGAAAACUCAAAGAUAAAUUUAACAUUUACUGACCUAUUCCUAGAAUUAGAUCCAAACUGCAAAUUUGAUUUUCUUGCAAUCUACGAUGGCCCCUCCACAAAGUCUGGUUUAAUUGGACAUGUCUGCGGUCGCAGCCGGCCCACAUUCGAAUCUACUUCAAAUACUAUGACUAUUGCACUGUCUACAGACUAUGCCAACUCUUACAGAGGAUUUUCUGCGCACUACACCAGUAUUCCCCUGCCAGCUCCUAAACCCAACACAUCCCUUACUUGUUCUUCAGACAUCAUGACAGUUGUUUUAAGUGACACUUACCUGGAUUCACUUAGCUACAAUGAAAAUAAUUUACAGUUGAAUGAUCCGACUUGCAGACCAAUUUCAAGAAACCCAGUGAUAUUUUCCUUCCCUCUAAACAGCUGUGGAACAGUUAAAAUGAAGGAAGGUAAUAGAAUUACUUAUACCAACCUCAUCGCAGCAUCACAAACUGGUGAGAUCAUCACUCGUCAAAAAAACCUGCAGAUUUUUGUGAAAUGUGAAAUGGAAAACAAUUCAACAGUGGAAAUUAUGUAUGUAUCGGAAGAUGGUGUAAUACAAAACUCAAGCGCUCUUGGUAGAUACAAUGUUAGCAUGUCGUUCUAUGAAUCAGAUUUGUUCACCAGGCCUAUAUUGGAUUCUCCAUACUACAUAGAUUUGAACAAAACCCUCUUUGUUCAAGUUAGUCUUCAUUCCACCGAUGCAGAUCUUCUGGUGUUUGUUGAUACCUGUGUGGCAUCACCCAAUCUUGAUUUUGGAUCGCCCACAUAUGCCUUAAUCCAAAAUGGGUGUAUUAAGGAUGAUACUUAUAUGAAUUACCCACUGCUUCAGCACUAUGGCAGAUUCAAAUUUAAUGCCUUUGAGUUCCUGAGAAACCAUGCUUCAGUGUACCUCCAAUGUCAAGUUUUAAUUUGUGACAGCAAUGAGAGUAAUUCUCGCUGUACUCAAGGCUGUGUGCCUAGACAGAAAAGAGAUAUUUCUUCAUACAAAUGGAAAGCAAAUGCUGUGAUUGGACCCAUCCGCCUGAAACGAGAUCGCAGUUCUGUAGAUCACUUAGAGUCUCUGUCUGAAGUGCAUCCUGGAAAAACCCAGAACCUGCAGCAAAACAGUUUAUAUAUCUUUUCAUUUAUGAUAUUGGCUACAAAUGUUGUUAUCUUGGUAGCUGUAAUAGUGAAACAUUACAUCAAAUGCCAGUCAGAAUAUAAAUACCAGAAGCUACAGGGCUAUUAGCAGGUGCCCAUAUUAGCCAUAAUAGUGCAGUGUGGAGAGAAGUAUAUUGUCAACUUUUAUUCAGGUGUGUUAGUGGUCACCAAUAAAAUAUUCAGUGUUAAAUAAUCAUCAUACUUUGACUUGUUCCAGUGGUAGUAUUUGAAUGCACUCUACAUAGGAGUAAGUCUCAGGACCAUUUAGGCAUUGCAGUAGAAUCAAGCUGCCUAUUUACUGAUGUUUCUUGCACAGAAUUCAUUAAAUUUGCAUUUUAUUACUGCCUAUUUCUGGCCACAUCUAAUUAACUUAUUGCCUAAUGAACUGCACAGUAAACAUCUCAGCAUCUACACAUUCACACCUAUUAGGGCACACAAAAUAAUAAACUCCACAGCAGGGUAGUACUUGUAUUUACUCAUACAAGCUGUGCAGUCUGUAGCACUGCAGACCCGCCUGCAGUGCCACACACCAGAUAUUCAGGCAUUUCCCACGCUGCUACCUUGCAGUGUGGGGGUGGUUUUUUUGGUCCCUGGACACAGUCAUAGACACUUACCAGCUGGCUGCGGCACAAGGGUUCUAGCUCAGCACUGGAGCACCUUUGUCUCCCAGCCAGUCCCCCCAUAGUGCAUUGAGCCUGGUUGUAGCAGCCCUGGGCUGGCAGGCAAGCCCCCUGCCAGCUGGGGCUGCUCUGACUGGGCUCCAUGUGCUGCACGCGAAUACACUCCAGAGCUAUGCUCUGGAUUUAUUUGCUCCCAGGCACACGUUCAAACAGUGCGCCCAGGAGCAAAAAACUUUAGAACAUAAGCUCCAACAUUUAUUCAUGUACACUUACUGCACAUGUAGAUGCACCCUCUGAGUAGAUGUUUAGAUUUGAGCUACAAAGCCCAAAAUGCUUAGGGUAUAUCUUUCAGGAAGAAAGGUCCCCAUCUAGAGCUUUACUCUACAUCCUGCAUUUUCCUGAGAUGCUGGAACUAAAGUUCCUGGUUUUAAGCAAAAGGGUGACUUACUAAGACAUUCUCUGUGAAUUGUCCUUCUUGUGGAUCUGACUACCUGGACCUGCAAACCUUCAAGGAACAUGUUUUUUUUCUGCAGUGGGAGAGAAUAUUAGGUAUGGUGGAAAAAGAAGAGUACGUGGGAGCAAAUAUGUGAAGGAUCCAUGCAAGCUCUGAACGGUUUUUCCUACUUAUACUUCUAUAGGUGUUUGUACAUAAUUUUAAAACAUUUUUGCUAUCUUAACAUAAUACAAUUAAAUCAAAC